AAGCAGAAGAGGGAGAACGAGGGUGAGCACGCUGGGCAGCCGUGCGUGCGCUCCGCUCUGCGCCACAGGCUCGCCCAACGAAGCACAAGCCAGCAGGGUCGCGGUCCUGAGGACAUCGCUGCCACCCAGGAGUGCAGAGAACCAAUCACAGAAUCUGGAGGUCGGUAGCAGCCCCGAUCUAGGCAGGCUCGGGGCCAGUGGGGAUGCCGAGGAAGAACCGGAAAGCAUAUCCCAGACUCUGAAGGAGAAAGAAGAGUGGAUCCCUGAGCCGGCACGUCGCGAGCCCCAGAGCUCCCAGGAUAGCGGGCUUCCCCGCCGGACGGCACGCCCCCCUUAGCCUCCACACCCUCUCCUCUGAGCGCCUCCUCAUCUGCCCCUGGAGGGACUUUCACCUUCAAAGGUGCAGGACAAAGCCACGUACCCAGCGCCCAUCAUGCACCUCAACAGCUCCGUGCCGCAGGGAGCCCCCGGUGAACCCGGUGCCCAGCCCUUCCCACGGCCACAGUUCGGACUGGAGACGAUGCUCCUGGCGCUCAGCUUGAGCAAUGGUUCUGGCAAUUCCUCAGAAUCCAUCCUGGAGCCCAACAGCAACUUGGACGUGAACACUGACAUUUAUUCCAAGGUGCUGGUGACCGCUGUAUACCUGGCACUCUUUGUGGUGGGCACUGUGGGCAACUCGGUGACAGCCUUCACUCUAGCGCGGAAGAAGUCGUUGCAGAGCCUGCAGAGCACUGUGCAUUACCACCUGGGCAGCCUGGCACUGUCUGACCUGCUCAUCCUGCUGCUGGCCAUGCCCGUGGAGCUGUACAACUUCAUCUGGGUGCACCAUCCCUGGGCCUUUGGGGAUGCUGGCUGCCGUGGCUACUAUUUCCUGCGUGAUGCCUGCACCUAUGCCACAGCCCUCAACGUAGCCAGCCUGAGUGUGGAGCGCUACUUGGCCAUCUGCCAUCCCUUCAAGGCCAAGACCCUCAUGUCCCGCAGUCGCACCAAGAAAUUCAUCAGUGCCAUAUGGCUAGCCUCGGCGCUGCUGGCUGUACCCAUGCUUUUCACCAUGGGCUUGCAGAACCGCAGUGCCGAUGGCAAGCACCCUGGUGGCCUGGUGUGCACACCCACGGUGGACACAGCCACCGUCAAGGUCGUCAUCCAGGUUAACACCUUCAUGUCCUUCCUGUUUCCCAUGCUGAUCAUCUCCAUCCUAAACACUGUGAUUGCCAACAAACUGACCAUCAUGGUGCACCAGGCCGCCGAGCAGGGCCGCGGCGUGUGCACCGUGGGCACCCACAACGGUUUAGAGCACAGCACGUUCAACAUGUCCAUCGAGCCGGGCCGUGUCCAGGCCCUGCGCCAUGGAGUCCUCGUCUUACGUGCUGUGGUAAUCGCCUUUGUGGUCUGCUGGCUGCCCUACCAUGUGCGGCGCCUCAUGUUCUGCUAUAUCUCAGAUGAACAGUGGACUACGUUCCUCUUCGACUUCUACCACUAUUUCUACAUGCUGACCAACGCUCUCUUCUACGUCAGCUCCGCCAUCAAUCCCAUCCUUUACAACCUAGUUUCCGCCAACUUCCGCCAGGUCUUCCUGUCCACGCUGGCCUGCCUCUGUCCUGGGUGGCGCCGCCGCCGAAAGAAGAGGCCAACGUUCUCCAGGAAGCCAAACAGCAUGUCCAGCAACCAUGCGUUUUCCACCAGCGCCACCCGGGAGACCCUGUACUAGGCCAUGAGGAGGUAGCCUGUGCACAGGGCAGCAACCCCCCCCCCCCAAGCCUCCAAGGGUUAAGUAGUAGCCCAUCUAAACCAUGCCAGUGAGGCUGGGCCACCCUCAGUGGAGGCUUCUUUCUUCCCAGUUUCUCUUUCUUUCCUUCCUCUGGUCCCCCCUCCCUAGUCCUUUAUUCUUGCCCCUUAUCCCUGUCCUACCUCCACCUUUAAAAACAGAACAGAGGCGGUUUCUCUCCUGGCCCUACAAAAAGCCUUUAACAAGAAGAAAUUAGCACUCACUGAGGACAGUCUCCCUUGUUCCCAGACUAAUGGAUGUUUUAGAAGGAAGAAAUGAAAGGACCACAUUGGGCCUGGACAGAUGAGCUGCUGUAACCAUAACAGCACCUUGUAACUGCACUGGCAGGGCGAGACAGUGUCUGAAGUUGGACUUGGCCUCAGAGACACAGGCUCCAUCUCAGCCCCCUUAUGCCUCUACUCCUGCCCUGGUCCAGCAGAUACCAUAGCACUUUCUGAGCCUUAUGUCCAGACCCUUCCUUAGCAGGCUGGUACACUGUCCUUCCCAGGGUGGUCCAGAGAAGCCCCAAAUUUUCUGUGUAAGGUCCAUGGCCCACAGCUGAAAGCUGAGGGAAUCCAUGCCACACCUGGAUGGCUAUGGCCCACUAAAGAGACCCCACUUCCCACAUGCCCAGGAAGGAUAAAAGGGCUGGCCUGGAAUCACACAGGAAAAUCUUCAAGUGGCUUUGCAGGGAUACCUGCGCUGGGACCUUGACCUCUUGGAUCUGCACAAGGAUGGAAGAUAAGUAGGGUCCAGCCUCCCCAGUCCAGGUGGCUUUGCUGGGAACAUGCAUGGCUCUGCAUCUCACAUACAGAUGUAGAGACUAAGGUCUGACAGCAGCUGGCUUCAGGCUGGGACUCCUGAGAAGGGGCACUGAGCCAGGUCCUCAGCAAGAUGCCAGUGUCUGAGACUCCACAGGUAAGGGGAGGCCAAGCACCCCAGCAUCCAGCUGGCCAGCUGCCCUGGACCUAGGCAGAUGUCAAUUUGUUAACCAGCCGCCAAGCAGCCGCCCUGGCCCAUGUUCUAGGCGCCUGGAAAAGCAGGCGCCCUUCAUCUCUGGGAGCUGUCUCCUAACAAGACAGGGCCAUCUCGCCUCCAGCCAACAAGCAGGCUGGGCACUUGGAGACAGUCCCAGCAUGCCAUGGACCAGCAGGGUAGAAGUAACAGGAGGGCCAAGUUCAGCCUUUUGCAAAAGAGUCUUGGCUCUCUUGUCUGGGAGAGAUGGCUGGAUGCGCAGCUGCUCUGUGAGAAUGGAAUUGCCAUGGGACAUAGGCAGCUCAGUCAUGGCCCAGGCUAGCCUCUGCUCCCUCUGAACUAUAAACAAUGGGUGAAAAGUCAGGGUUUCUGUGGUGACCCAGAGAUAUGGGGAGGGUGUUCAAGUACUUGAACCCCACAAAACACUGCAACUAGUAAUGUGAUCCCUCAGGCCAUCAAGGGCAAGACCUGGGUGAGUCAGGAUCAAGGCCGACACCAGGAAGAUGUGAUCACCCAGGAGGGAGGUCUCUCCUUCUAAGAACUGUCUGCAUGGGAGCCCCUCACAGCCCUCUGGAGCCACCUCGCCCAGUGGGUCACAGGCUAGCGGUUGGUCAUGAGAAUUUUGACUUAGACUCGAGCCAGGCAGCCCAGUUCCCAGGACUCUACCCUGGGUUUCUAGACUUUGGGUAAGCCAUUCUUCUGAGCCUUGAUCAUCAUCAUCUCAGCUGACGGGGACUGUCUUGAAGGACUCAGCCUGGAGUAUGCAGAAGGGAGACCCCUGAAGCUGGGUAAAGCCAAUGCCCUCUUACGUGAUUCCUCAGAAACGCGGUGGCCUCAUUAUAGGGGUGGUCCAGGCUGUCACCAGAAGUCUCUGCUGUAGUCUGUAGCAUCCUUGUCUGUGUGCUUGGUGUAAUUAGGGACAUACAUCCAUGCACCACCAGACGCACCUGUGACCCUGGCUGGGUAUGCUAUGCUUUGGGCCAAGUGAAGAUGAAAAUAGCUCCAGAGGCUGUCCCGAGCAUCCUGACUAGAGUCUCAUGAGCCCAGUUGUGAUGUGGAAAUAGGUCAUGCGCCCCAAACAUCUGUCAGAAUGCCACCCACCCUCCACACCUCAAUAAAAACACCCUCCUCGUGUCUCUCAACAAAGAAUAAAGGAAGCUGUGUAUAUC